ACAUCGCAAGGUUUCGUCGACGUUGGUAUGAAAUGGCAGAAACUGUCACGGAAGCACAAAGAUUAGGUUACCCAGAAGCUACACAUGUUUUCUGCCAUGACCCUGGAAUGCUAGUGUGAGGUAAACGGGAGUGUAUCCGGAAAAAAAGGAUUAAAAAGCAGUUUUUCGCUCCACACACACAAGGGGAAAACGUCCGGAUUGUGUCCGAGCUGCAAGCGCCGACUGCGGGUGUUGGAAUCAAACGGAGAGGGGUCUCGAGAGGAGAGCUCCACUUGGAUGCCCAGUGGUUGCGUUUGUCCACGGCCUCACCAUGAACCGGAACAAGCGUGAGAAGGAGUACUACAGUAUAGAUGUGGGCGACUCGACGUUCAUGGUUUUAAAACGCUACCAGAACCUCAGACCCAUCGGAUCCGGAGCGCAGGGAAUCGUCUGUUCAGCGUACGACCACAACUUCGAGAGGAACGUCGCCAUCAAGAAGCUGAGUCGGCCGUUUCAGAACCAAACUCACGCCAAGCGGGCCUACAGGGAGCUGGUGCUCAUGAAAUGUGUCAACCACAAGAACAUAAUCGGCCUGUUAAAUGUGUUCACACCACAGAAGACACUGGAAGAGUUCCAAGAUGUGUAUCUGGUGAUGGAGCUGAUGGAUGCUAACCUCUGCCAGGUGAUCCAGAUGGAGCUGGACCACGAGCGGCUGUCCUACCUGCUGUACCAGAUGCUGUGUGGAAUCAAACACCUGCACGCCGCCGGCAUCAUACACAGGGACCUGAAGCCCAGCAACAUCGUGGUGAAGUCCGACUGCACGCUGAAGAUCCUGGACUUCGGUUUGGCCCGGACAGCCGCCACGGGCCUCCUCAUGACGCCCUACGUCGUGACCCGCUACUACCGCGCCCCCGAGGUCAUCCUGGGCAUGGGCUACCAGGCCAACGUUGAUGUCUGGUCUGUUGGCUGCAUCAUGGCUGAAAUGGUCCGGGGUAGUGUGUUGUUUCCAGGCACUGAUCAUAUCGACCAGUGGAACAAGGUGAUCGAGCAGCUGGGAACGCCGUCCCAGGAGUUCCUGAUGAAGCUCAACCAGUCGGUGCGGACCUACGUGGAGAACAGACCCCGGUACGCCGGCUACAGCUUCGAGAAGCUCUUCCCCGACGUGCUGUUCCCUGCAGACUCUGAACACAACAAACUGAAAGCGAGCCAGGCCCGGGACCUCCUAUCCAAGAUGCUGGUGAUCGACGCGUCAAAGCGGAUCUCAGUGGACGAGGCUCUGCAGCACCCCUACAUCAACGUGUGGUACGACCCGACUGAAGUGGAGGCGCCGCCGCCCGCGAUCACAGACAAGCAGCUGGAUGAGAGGGAGCACACGGUGGAGGAGUGGAAAGAGUUGAUAUAUAAAGAAGUGUUUGACUGGGAAGAAAGGACGAAGAACGGAGUCAUCAGAGGACAGCCUGCGUCCAUAGCACAGGUGCAGCAGUGAGCUCCACAUCUCCUCCUCCUCCUCCUCCUUCAUCGACGUGCCCUCCACCCUGACCCCUCAACAGCAGCCUGGACACGGUUAGCAUUGCCGCCGCCGCCGCCGCUACAUCCAGCCCGUGGCCGCUGGGCUGCUGCAGAUGACUAUCAUCUACCCCCCCCCCCCCCCCACCCAUCCACUUUCUGGUCCUGGGCUGGGCCCCGCCUCCUGGUCAGACCCAAGACCACUACACUGGCCCCGCCCCCCUUGCCCCUCCCUCUUCCCCUCUUGUGCUAGUCUUCAGUAGUGUAGCGAUUAGCCAGCUAGCUGUUUCUGAAAGGACAGAUCUUUUAUUUUCUUUCUUUAAAAAAAUAGAAUUACAGUUAUCUUCUUUUUUUCAUUUUGAGUCCUAGCUGUAAUUUAUUGUGGCAUUUCUUAAUUUUUAUUUUCUUCCACAAACCUAAGAUGACGAUAAGAGAAUUUUUAUGAUUUCACUACGUUCCGGUUCGUUUUUAACCGACAGUGAGAAUUUAAAGAAAUAUGUGUAAAAAAAAAAAAGUUUUAAUGUGAUCUAUUUUUCUGUUGGACUUCAUUCGUUUCACUCGUAAGCUACUGCUUUUACAACUUGCCAUAUAAAUGUAGAUUGAGUUUGUACAGAUUUUAUGGUAGAUGUAGUUUUAUCUUCGAUACGAGUUUGCAGUGAGCCAUUGAAACAUGAUGGAAUUGACAGACGUAUGAUCUUAGUACUCCCCUUUAUCUGUUCUACCUAUGGAUAUCUUUUGAGUGCUUAUGACAUAUCCUAAAACAUGUUUUUAUUUCUUGUGAGUCACUACUACUUCCUGCAUUGUAAAAAAGUUGAUGAAAGCUUUAUAAUUUACUCUUCCUGUUCCGAUGAUAGGGUUUCAAAAAAGGAUUUUCACCCAGCAUAUGAUUCUGCAUUUUAGCGAAGGGAUGGAGAAUGACACGGUUAGGUUUAGCGAGAUAACUUGGAGCUUUAUGAUGACCGUCUUCUGUAUUUUUUAAGUGCUUUUAAAGUCUUUUCGUGUGCAACAGGCUAAUGGAUCUCGACCGGUGGUAUUGCUUUUGUAGGGCGGGAUGCACAGAGCUCCUUCUGGCUUGCUUUGAAGAGUAAGUUGUCGCUAAAAGUUGGGAAUGUUUUUUUCGUGGGAAGUUUAUGGACAUGAGUUGUGUGAGGUCGUAAAAUCGGUGGUGGUGUAAGUAUGUGCUUCAGUAAAGUAGGGAUUUGUGAUUUUUGAGAACACAUGUGAAAGGGGGAUUGAGGGAUAGUGAUUCUGCAGCCUGAUGGGUAAAAAAAUACCAGAUCCUGUUCUUGGUAAUAUAGUCAAUUAGGGAAAUUUAAGAGUGAUUUUUCUAAAGGAGGGCCGAACACUUUGCGUACCAGACUUGCCUGCAAUUGUGAAAAAUGAAAACCUAGCACGACAAACGAGAGUCAAAAGAAACAAACCAUUCUUACGGUAUGCAAUAAUUGUGCCCUUUGUUCUCAGUCUUUAAUUUAGCUUUGAAAGGAAAAGUGCCUGUUUGUCAUUCAUUCCUGAGUGCAUUGGAGGAAUUCAUUGCGUGUUUAUGGUUAAAACGGUGGUUUCCAUUUUCAAACCGAUAAGGUUGUAGUUCUCACAAAAUGUGUCGUAUAUUUUUCUACUUGUUUUGGUUUCGACCCUUUGAGCGGGAGACGGCGGCGUCUUGCAGGGUAAGGAGGUGAGGGCGAAUACGUUGAGUAAUUUCAGGAGAAAAAAGGCAGUUUUAUCAAGGUCUUUCAUCAAAGUAAAAUAAAAAAGAAGUGUUUCUUUGCAGUGGCAACAACUGAAAUAUAGGUUAAUAACCUUUUUCUGGCUUUUCUUUGAGUACUAAUUUAAUGUGAUGAUUGUAGGAGAUGAAUGAACAGGGUGGGUUUAAAUUCAACUACUGGAUCAAACUAAACGAGGGAAUUUUGCGACUGCGUUUUUGUCAGUAUUUAGUGACGGUUUGGAUACUGUUAACUGUUUAAAUUUGCAGAUUGAUGCUUUAGUAACGAACAUAUAUCAGAGAUGCAGAGCUAAACAAAAAAAAUAAAGUAACACUUGUGGUGUAAGGUGAAUAAUAACCAUAGUAACUCAAGUUUAAAAAAGCCAUAUUAAAUACAAGCUAUCUAAACAGAGUAAUGUAACGGAUAUGGGAUUGUUAUGAUCAUGAACAAAUCAAACAAAGGCUUACAUGCUAUAUUCAAUAUUGACUUUUUGCUAGGCUAAUUGCAGUUUAAUGCUGUCUGCUUGAAAUGUUUGCAAAACUAAACUUGUUAUCUGCAAGAGACCGACUUAGGGUUCGUUUUACUGCCUUUACUGCUAUUUGAUAAGGACUUUUUGCUCAAAGCAAACUUGCGAGAAAGCCUUUAGCCUGCAGUAUAAUAUGCUGUUCUCUACUAAAAGACUUGUAAUUGUCUGCCAAAUAUAUAAGGGUAAACAAACUAUUCAAACUAUUUAUUUAACAGCUUGAUUUCUCAAAUUCUGCCGCACUAUUGCUACUUUUUUAGUUCUGGACACCAGCUAGUUUAUCAGGUUGCACCAUUUAAACUUAAUGAUAGACGACAUCAAAUUGAAGUUACUACUAUAGCUGUGACAUAACUUCCAAAAAUUACAAUAUUAGUAUUUCAUGCAAUGUUGAAAAGGGGUUUCACGUGUAUAUGUAUACAUAGAACAAUGUGUUUCAUAACAAGACCUUACAUUAAGUCAAAAGCAAGAAAUGUCUCAAAUGUAUUUGUUCAUUAUUAGCAUAACCUUUAAAUCUAUUUUUGUUAUUUUUGCAAGAUUUGUUUGACUUAACUUCUCAAACAUCACAAGUCAUGUUGUUAAGUGUACUGAAAAAGUAAAAACCAUUUAACUGUAUCUUCUACUAUUCAGUCUAAACGGGUAAUAUAUUAGCUUUGUCAGUGAGCUAGGCAACAAUGGACCGUUAUCUAGCAGGAAGCUAACGUUAGCUUAUUUACUGAGCUACACAACAGUUAGAUUUUCGCAUAUUAGCAAGCUAACGUUAGCUCUGAUAUUUAGCUACACAACAGUUAACAUCUUAUAUAUAAACACACAUUAGCUUACUCCCUAAGCUAUAUAACGUUAACAUUAAAUAUAUUAGCAAACUAACGUUAGCUUUGUACUUAGCUACGCAACAGCUAGCAUUUGAUAUGGCAUGCUAAUUAUUCUAGCUAUGUCAGUUAGCUACACGAGUUGACAUGGAAUAUUAGCAGGCUAGCGUUAGCUCUGUGUAAGAACUAAUUCAUGUGGUGCAACCUGUUUAUUAUGGGGUUUGUUAUUGUGGGGUAUGUUAUUUAAAUCGAUUUUAACCUACAAACAGCUGGUGCCAUUAGGUGCUGUUCUCUUUUUAGUAGCCAGAAUUAAAAAGGAAAGGUUUUGUAAAGUGCAAUGGCAGAUUAUGAAAUACAAAAAUGAAUUGAAUCUGCAGUCUACUGUAGAUCCAAACAGCAACCAGUUAAAUUGUCCAGUUGUGUGCAGCAGUGUUUUAAUUUUCAACACUGAGUUAAAACAAAACCUAAAUGAUGUCAUAUGUAAGAAGGCAGGGAGAAAAUCAGUGGUAUAAAAUAAUCAAUCAGACAAAAAACACUUUGUUGUGUAAAGUGCUCUUAAUUUCGUUAGCCCAAUAUUAGGGGCUUUAAUUGGAGUAUUUUUUUUGUGGUCUUGUUUCCUUUAUCUUAGGUGGUUGUUGCUUUUUUAAAUUAUAAUUACCGCAUCUCUCCAAACUGUCAUUCUGAUUUAAGUCGGCUUUGAUGAACUACCUCACGCUGAAUUUCUGCCCGUUCUUGCAUAUACUUAGUCGCCUGCAGAAUUAGCUAUCGAAGACGUGUGAAUAACAGAUUCCAUUAUUUAUUUAUUUGAAAGUGUACUAUUUGUCGGUUUCAACAGACUUCUAGUUUUGUACAUUAUGUAUACUUCACCUAGAAGUAAAGAGAAUUGUUAUAUGUAUUUUGUUUUUUUGGUUUCUUUUAUUUUGGUUUGUUUUUGUUUUUAAACUAAAUGUGCAAUACCUUCAGCAAACUGUGCUAGUAGUGUGUGAUGGGCCUAGCCUUUUGUUAGCUGUCUCCUGAAGGUAAAGAAAAUGUUUGGUACUGUCAAUCCAUGUUUUCCUUUUUUAUGAAUAAGAUCAAUUUUUAUUUCUGUGACUUGUUUAUAGUCAUGAUGUUACGUAAUCAGUCUUACCCACCAAUCAAAAUCUGUCGGCCCGGGUUUUGACGCAGAGACAGGAAGUUCUUUGGGUCACAACACGGCCAACAGGUUUCUGAUCUACAGUGUGGUAAGGACAAUAAUGUUAAUAAACACAAAAAAGAUGAGUAAAUACCUACAAGAAAUCAUUAUAUGUAUGGUGCUGGUUUGUAAUGUUUGCUAGUGAAUCCAGCCAUGCAAGUAGUUUUAAGAAUUCCUGGAUCUGCGCGUCCCAAAAAAACGCAACCUACGAAGAAGUGCACUACUAGAAUACAUGCACUGGGAUCUGAUGAUGCCACCUCCUAAAAAAAACAACAAAAAAAGAACAUGUACUGCAAAUAAAAGAAAUACACUUUGAA